AUGUCCUCUAUUAACUUCGGCCCUGCUGUGCUGAGGACUGUGCCGUUCUCUGAGCCAGGAUGCAGACCGCUGCGUCGAAGAGCAAGUGCUCCUGAGCUUGCGGACGCGAACAAGAUCCACGAAAAUGCUUCACCAAGUUAUCAGGCCGGGAACACCGUUCGGCUCCACCUCAUGAGUCGCCUUGUUCAGGCAACAAUCAUCAGAACAUUCACUCCGUUUACGAUGGCUCCAGUUAUGGUUGUACGGAUCUUCGAGCCUGCUAUCGAUCUCGAGGGGGAUUUCGUUCUGAAGGUGUACGAUCGUCGCUACAGCACAGAGGCUCGAGACGAAGAAGGCGACAACAAUGCGUGGACAGUGGCGAGAGACAUGGGUUUUGAGAAACGGCGAUGGUCGAGCGAUUUCGUCAAGUUCUUUCUACACCUAAUGUCCAGUCAGCAUCUGGACGAUACCGGAGAUGACUUCUGGGAUGAGGAAGAUGAGGAAGAUAGCGAGAGUACCGGCGACGAGGAAGAGGGCCUCGCUGAUGCGUAUACUGAGAUGUACUUUCAAGUCCAAUGCUUGAAGAUGUAUCGCGCGGAGACAGAGUUCUAUCGGAGAGCCAGAGAACAUCAUAUUGAUGGGGUAGACAUACCUCGAUUCAUCAGCAGUGUGCGCAUUCCGCCAAGCUACACGUCGAAGUAUCAUCAUACACAGAGCUCGCACAUCAAAGGCAUACCAGGCGUCCUUCUGCAGUACGUGCCUGGCUUCUCAAUGCUGAGACUGUACGACACUUCGUCGCCACCACCACCAGGACCCGAACACUGGAAGUCCAUCAUUGACGACGGUUUGCGCACCGUCCAGUACUACAUGCAGAAUAUGGAGAUUCUCAACAUGGACCAGAACAUCGCGCGCAACACCGUGGUGCAUUGGGAUCCUAUUGGCGAGAAAUGGAAAUGCAAGCUCAUCGACUUUGGUCACUGCCAGUUCCGAGCCAAGAACAUGAGGAAAUGGGAGUGGAGGAGCUGUCAGGCUGGUCUACAGGAGGAAGCAGCGGUUGGUCGAUUUAUGCAGGCGAUGUUGGAGAAGAAUACAGGCUUCCAGUAUCGGUGGGAACAGUCGCAGUACUCCGACGAGCUAGCUCGCGACUUCAGAGGAGAGUUCAGCACCGGCAUCGAGCCGAGCGAUUAUCCAUCCUAA